UUUUGUAUGUUAUUUACCAAUUUGAAAUAUAUUUUCCAUUAUUUUGAAUUAAAAGCUAACAGUGGAAACAAUUAAACAAUGUCAACGCGCUGGUACCCCAUCUAUCAACGCGGAAAUCCACAGUUGCGUGUCUUUCUGCCCAAUUUUUGGAUGAAACUAGUGCGUCCUCAGGAGGAGCAGCCGGCCAAUGUGGUUACCUUUGCCGUAUCCACGGAGAUGACCAAACACGAUGUAAAAAACUAUUUGGAGAAGAUCUAUAAGUUGCCCGUGGUGGAGGUGCGUACCAGAAUAGCUCUGGGCGAAACUAAAAGGGAUCAAACCUAUGGCUAUGUGACGAAAAAAGAUGAUGUCAAAUAUGCUUAUGUAACAAUGCCAAAAACUGAAUCGUUUACCUUUCCCGAUUUGUUUUCCAAUCGGGCUGAGAAUCAGGAAAAGGAGGGCAAAUCUCUAGAUGAGUCCAAAGAUGGUUUUCGCAAAUUUCUCGAUCGCAAUAAGAAACGUCCUGGCACACCAGGAUGGUAUUCCAUUUAGUUUAAGUUAAGUUAAUUAAACGUUUGUUAACAGUUUGAAAAAACUA